AUGGCGGUGCCCUCUGCCCUUCCUUCAUCGGAAGGGCCUGCUAGAGGAGAUGGAGGGGCUCUGUCUUAUGUUCAGAUUGUUUCGAAGGUGGCGACACCCUCAGCGUUCAAGGUCCCUAUGAGAUACCCAGUGGAUGUGGACGGGGAGCCUGGUUUCGUUUUUACGGAGCCAGAGAUGUCGAAGGCUGCAGAUGAUUUUCGUUUUGCUAUUGUUCUGAAGUUUGUGUGGAUGAGGCCUACGAUUGAUGAUAUACGAUUGGUGAUUAUUAAGUCAUGGGGUUUACUGGAGAUUCUGACUGUGAGUAUGAUGGAUGACUAUCACGUUUUGGUGAAGAUGCAGACUGAAAGGGAUUUCGUGCAUGGUUGGGCACGAGAGGGUCGGUUGAUUGCUGGAUCGGUUUUCCGAUUAUUUCGAUGGACAAAGGAUUUUGAUUUGCAGAAAGAAUCAACGCUAGCGCCCCAGUGGAUUUUUCUGCCAGGCUUGCCUCUUCAUAUGUAUCGGGCGGAUUUCCUACAAAUUCUAGCAACAAGGUUUGGACGGUUUUUGGGGAUUGAUAAUGCUACGUUGCAUAGAACCAGAGCUUGGGGGCUCGAAUGUGAGGUUCGGUAUGAAAGACCUGGAUUCUAUUGCACCAAGUGCUGCCGUCAGGGUCAUACGUCAGUUGUGUGUCGAGCUAGUGAAGAGGUUGUGCGUAAGGGACGUGAUGUGGCAAAAGGGGUGGGGAGAAAAAUAUGGCAAGAGAUUCCUAAACAGAAGAGUUUGCAAGCGGUUCCAGGAGUUGGGUUGAAGGAAGUCCAGAAGGAAGAUGGGGUUGCAAUGGAAGUAGUGAAUGGGAAAGAGGUAGUAGUUACUAGGGACGAAACAGAGACAAUUUUUAGAGGAGAGCGAGUGAAUAUUGAGAUGAAAAUGGUGGAGGAGCCAUGUGAGGAAGAGGAGGUGGUCGAGCAACCUUCAAUCCAAAUGUUGCGGGAGGUUGAGGUUGCUCGGGGGGAUGGUUCUGAUAUGGACUUGAUUUUAGUUGAUGCUUAUAAAUCACCGCGUAGUGGGGGUCGUGGUCAAGCUGCGAUGGUCUCUGCGGUGCUUGCUAUGGAGUGUCAUCUACAACCGGUUAUAGUAGAAGAGCCACCAGAUUCGUAUGGUACUGAUGUGGAAGAGGAAGCAAAUGUUCUUGAUUUGGCCAAAAAUAAAGGAUAUGAUUCUGACUCUGUUUCGCAAUAG